UGCUUGUGUACAUGUUAGAAGGAAGACCGGAGACGAGGCAGUAACGGUUUUAACGGACUUCACAUCUCCUAACGUUAAUCCGGAUGGACGCCUAAUGAAAUGAUGUGCCGUUCCCGCUCACGCAGCUCGGAUUUCACCGCUGGAUUUUAGAGCUUCGGUCGCUGCUGUGGAUGAACCGGAGCCGGUGGCGGUCAGCGGGACAUGGCCAGCUCACACCUGGCUGAUCUGUCCCAGGCCUGGGAGAACUACAUGGACUGCCGCGCGCAGGGCGCAGAUCUGCAGGUCAGUCUUCAGUGUUUGGAGAGUUUUCUCUGCACGUUUCACUGUGUGCGACAACUCGGUGACCCGAGAGCAAAGGAUGCGCUCAAAUUCUGCUCGGACAUGAGUGGGGCCAGUAACACCCUGGCACGGGAGUUCCUGACGGAUGUGCACCAGUUGUGUAGUGCGGUGGCCCAGCGGGCCGAGGACGAGGAGGAGAGUCACAUGGUGGCGCUGGGAGAGUAUCUGGUGCGGGGACGCGGGUUCCUGCUUCUCAGCACCCUGGACUCUGUCAUUGACCAGGAGUUGACCUGUCGGGAAGAGCUGCUUACACUUUUGUUGUCUCUGCUACCUCUGGUCUGGAAGAUUCCUGUUCAGGAGGAAAAAGCCCCAGAUUUCACCCUGCAUUCACUACUAGAGGUGUUUCUAUGCCAAGAGGGAAGGACCAUCCCUCAAAAGGCGGGGCAAGAUAGAUGUGAUGUGCAGAACUCUGGGAAGCGUUUAUCUGGCUCCUGGAAGUCACGUCGUUCACGAAGGACAGCUCAGCGAUACUCUGUGAGGGAUGCACGCAAAUCUCAGCUUUCCACAUCAGAUUCUGAAGCCAACUCGGAUGAUAAGACCACAAAUACUGGGAGCAAACAUCGCCGAUUCCACAGUUCGGCCAUUCGUGUUAGUUGCCAGCUCCAUCAGUCCAACAAUCCAUCACAGCCAGCAUCGCAACAUCCCACUCUCGAUGCCAUGGGCACCAUUGAGCCUUCCCAACCUCACAUGAGACUGGUUGGAUCUCACACUCUAGAUCCUAACAUGCUAACAGACCCCACUACUCUCUCCAUCUUCAACCGCAUGGAGAACUCGCCUUUUGACCUUUGCUAUGUUCUACUUUCUCUUCUUGAAAAAGUCUGCAAAUUCGACAUGACCAUCAAUCAUAACCCAGGCUUGGCGGUCAGCGUUGUUCCCACGCUCACAGAGAUACUCACAGAGUUUGGUGACUGCUGUGGUCCCAGUGGUGGUGGUGGGAUCGAUGAGCUAGCUGGAGGCUGGACUGAGGAGCCAAUUGCACUUGUUCAAAGGAUGCUUUUACGCACCAUUCUGCACUUGAUGUUUGUAGAUGUGGGUCAAAAUGAGACACUGCCUGAUAAUCUGCGUCGAAGCUUGACUGACCUCCUCAGAGCAACUUUAAAGAUUCGUACCUGUUUAGAAAGGCAAGCUGACCCUUUUGCUCCAAGGCCAAAGAAGACUCUGCAGGAGAUACAAGAAGAUUUUUCCUUUUCAAGGUACCGUCACCGGGCCUUGCUACUGCCUGAACUCUUGGAGGGUGUCCUGCAGCUACUACUAGGUUGCUUACAGGCCUCUGCUCCCAACCCUUUCUUUUUCAGUCAGUCUCUUGAGUUAGUUCAUGAAUUUGUCCAACACCGUGGCUUGGAGCUCUUUGAGGCAACAGCUCUGCGCCUUGAGGCCUUAGCAGAAGCUCAAGAUUCAGAAGUCGGCAAUGAGGCAUCAGAGCAUCUGCGUUGUCUAAUAGCUGAUGUACUUAAGAUAAUCAGUGCUGUCAAGAGGGCCAAGUCAGAGCAGCUACACCAGUCUGUUUGUGCACGUCGUCGACACCGUCACUGCGAAUACUCCCACUUUUUGCACCAUCACCGUGACCUCUCAGGACUACCGGUAUCCGCUUUCAAGCAAGCAGCCCGACGUAAUCCUUUUGAGGAGAUCUCAGAGGGUCAUGACGGAGAAGUGCGGUACCCCGAACGCUGUUGUUGCCUUGCAGCUUGUGCCCACCAAUGCUUGCGUCUUUUCCAGCGCUUGUCACCAUCAGGUCCUGCUGUGCUGCAGGUACUGGCUGGAGUGCAAGCUGCUGGCAUCUGUUGCUGCAUGGACCCGAGGUCUGUAAUUGGACCAAUGCUCCAGGCAUUUCAGGCUCCAGGACUUCGGAGCUACCAGUCCCAUGUGUUGAGUGUCCUUACUAGACUAGUCUUAGAACAGCUUGGAGGUGGUCAACCUUCCGAAAAGGCCACGCUUGCCUCCUGCAACAUUUGCACUUUGGAUAGUAGCCAGUUACCUGGCCUUGAAGAGACUCUGCAGGGCUAUGGACCUAAGAAAGAAUCGAACUUAUCCACGUCCCCAUCUCCCUCUUAUCGUUCCCAAGGUAUCCUGCCCAGUGGAGGAGCUGAAGACAUGCUAUGGAAGUGGGAUGCUUUAGAGGCCUAUCAAGAAAUUGUGUUUGGGGAAGACUGGCAUUUGAGUCAACAAAUUGCCAGUCAUGUAUGUCAGUUGACUUUACGAGGCAAUGCAGUAGUGCAAUGGCAACUCUACACUCAUAUUUUUAAUCCAGUGCUUCAGCGGGGUGUGGAACUAACCCAUCAUGCCCAGCAACUUGGUGUGUCAACUACGUGUAGCCAAGUCUGCAGUUACCAUACCCAUUGCCUCCCGGUUGAGGUACUACUGGUUUAUCUUCAAGCUCUGCCUGCUCUGCUGAAGUCAAGCCGGGUGGUACGGGACCUGUUCCUGAGUUGUAAUGGACUGAACCAAAUCACAGAGUUGAUCUACUUGGACUGCACUCGUCCGUGGGCACUGAAAGCGUUCGAGACACUUAUCUUGAAAGCGUGGCACCAUCACAUGGAUUCUGCUGUGCAUGAGCUAGAAAGAGCGGAAGCUCAGGAGAGGGAAGCUGUUCUUGGGCUUGUAGAGGAACUAAAUUCACGUGGGGCUGGUGAUGGACCUCAGAGCCUCACUAAGUUUUAUGAAGGCCUGAAAGAGGCAUGCCCUCACCCAAAGGGCAAAAGUGCAUUCUCUGCAGUAGCGCGUAACCGAGGCGAGGCGCAUUUGAAUAAAAUCAACCUUUUUCUGUGUGUAGCCUUCUUAUGUGUAAGCAAGGAGGCAGACUCUGACAGAGACUCUGCAAAUGACUCUGAAGACACCUCAGGCUAUGAUAGUACAGCUAGUGAACCAUUGGGUGGACGACUGCCCUGCCUUUCCCCAGACAGUGUUGCUCUUCCCUCUAAAGAACAGAUAAGGAGGGCUGCCGAUGUUUGGUCAGUAUGCCGUUGGGUGUACAUGGCCAGUCCAGUAUUCCAGAGGCAGUUCUUUAGACUGGGAGGUCUAGAUGUCUGUUCGCGUCUAAUGACAAUGGUGAUCCAGAAACUCACAUCUAAAAACAAAGACUGUAAAUUUAAGAAAAAGAGAGAGAGUAAGGGCAAAAGCAGUCCAUCUCAUGUAGACUCUCCCACUCAAGCUCUUGCAGGACAGUUUGAUAAUAUAGCGACAGCCGCUGGUACAGAGAAAUCCCACCAGCACAACACUUUCAGCCCCUCUCAGGUCGAGAGCAAGUCAAGUGACCCAACACACAGGCUUGAAGAGGAAUGGCCUCUCCAGAGCAUCCGACUGCUGGAGGCACUUUUGGCAAUCUGCCUCCACAGUGCCAAUUCAGCCCUUCAGAGACUUGAACCAGACCUAUCCUUUCAGCUGCAGUCUGUGGAGGAGACGCUGUGUGAGGUCCGGGAUCAACUCUCUCGAUCUGGAGUUGUGAAUUCUGAACUAGCAGUUCCUCUGUUUGAUUCCUUACUCCGUGUGGCACUGGCUGAGAUGUUCUGCAGUCCAGAUGUCAUCGAGGAGAAACCUGACAAGAAGUCUCAGGUCAGCAGUGAGGUGGCACCUCCAGCAGGUGAUCUGUCAGAGGAGGUGGAUGAAGCUCAGGUGAGUGGCGCUCCAACCUUGGGAGAAGAGGAAGGCUAUGAGGCAGACAGUGAAAGUAACCCUGAGGACUCCACCCGUCAGGAGGAAGGGAUAAGGGUGGAGGCUGGAGUCUCGUCGGGGGAAUGUACGUUAGGAAUGGCAGGAGUGCCUCAGGGCUCCGGCCACGGCCGUCUGCUGUUCCCGGAGAUCUGCUUGAUGGAGCUGCAGCUGUUAGCCAGUGGCUCUCCAGACCUGGAGGUUUUGGGCCAUGUUUUGCAGAGCCUGUUAGGAGCCGUGAAAGGCCACCACAACAACGCAGCGUUGCUCUACCAGCAGGGUGGUGUGAAAGCUAUUCUCACUGGAUUUCAGAACAUUCUCAGCCAAUCAGAUGCCUCCUAUAAAGGUGUAUAUUAUUUAUACUUAAAUUAUGCACAUUUCCUCUAAUUAUCAUCACUGCAAUGUGCCCAGAUUUUUUUAAAUACAAAUUUAUUUUAUAAAAAUAUGUAUUAUUUUAUAAAUAUAAUAAAUUUAUAAAUAAAUUCUUUAUAAAUAAUUUUGCUCUACUUCAUGUCCUUUCCCAUGAUCCCUGGCGCAGGGGUCCCUGGCUUGAGCUCCUCCCCUGGGAUGAGGCCUCAUGGGACAGCUGGUGGUAAGGGUGGAGUAAACACUCUUUUGAGGGGUAAAUUACCCCUGGGCCGUGGUGAAGCAGACCUGAGCAGGCCCGGUCAUCUGCGCAGCUCUCCCUGGCAUACGGCACCCUUCCACCUGCCUCUGGUGGGACAGAACUGCUGGCCUCACAUGGCGAGUGGCUUCAGUGCCUCACUGUGGGUACGAGUGGGGAAGGAUGAGGACGGGCGUUACAAGAAGGAAGAGGAGGCCCUGCAUGGUCCCGCUCAUGUCCCGGAGCAGCAGACAGACAGAUGCCUCCUCCAUGUCCUCUCCAUGGGCUCUAAGGCACUGAUGCUUCAGGUGUGGGUGAACAUCUCCACCGGAGCCUUUACAUUCAGGAUCUGCAUCGAUCCAAAUGACGAGAUGAAGGCGGGUCUGCUGGCCCAGGCUGAGUCUGGAGAUGGUGUGCUGACAGCAGGCAGGUGGCAGCACUUGGCUCUCACGUACUCGCAGCAGCCCGAGGGCAAGAAGAACAUCCACGGUCAGCUGACCCUCUGGGUGGGCGGCAUUAGGAAGUGUGACGUCUCGCUAGACUUUACUCUGCUCAGGAAGUCCAGUUUGUCAUCAGACAGUAAUAAGACCUACUGUAUGCUUGGACACUAUCAGCACCCCUCAGAGGAGCAGGCCAGCCCAAGUGCACGCUGGGAUAUGGGCACGCUGCUGCUCUUUAAUGGCUCCAGAAUUGACACAGCGGAGGCAUUUUGCCUGUAUGCCAGCGGUCCUGACCUCACCUCCAUCAUGCCCUGCAAGUACGGCAAGCCUCACGGGACACUGUCCAAGUACGUGACACAGGAGGGUCUUCAGUGUGAGCAGAUACGAGAGCUCCUCAUGAGGAAUACAGACGUCGACAUCGCACCUCUUAUUGAGAGUUUAGCAGUAGUUUAUGCCCCCAGCACGCCGUCUCUCUACACCAUAUAUGAGCCGGUGAUCCGUCUGAAGGGCCAGGCCAAGUCAGCGGUGGCUUCCCAGCGGCCCUUCAGUGCCAAAGAGGUCCAGAGCUUCAUCCUGGAGCCUCCUUUCUUCAGGACCAUGAUGCCCUGCCAGGCUCUCGGUCUACACAGCGUCCUGCACAAGAUCGGAGGCACCGGCGCUUUUGUCUUCCUGUUCGCUCGGGCGGUGGAGUUGAGCGACUGUGAGAAAACUCAAGCUCUGGCGCUGCAGCUGCUGCUGUCUCUGGUUAAGAACAACCAGCAUCGCACUCAUGAGAUGGAGUGUUACCACGGCUAUUCCAUGAUUCACCAGGUUCUCAUCAAGCCCAAGUGCAUUGUGGGAUACCACAUUCUGAAGACGCUGUUGGACGGCUGCUGCAGCGGGCCAAUCCUGACGAUCGGAGAAGACGGACAGUUUCAUCUGGAUGCUGAAUCCACUGUGGUGCUGCAAGAUCUCAGACUGCUGUCUGAAAUACUGCUGGACUGGAAGAUAUGGGCCAAAGCGCAGUGUGGCGUGUGGGAGACGCUGCUGACUGCUUUAGAGAUCCUCAUCCGGGUGCAUCAUCCUCAGCAGAUGUUCAACAUUCGACAGCUCCUCAAGGCCCAGGUGGUUCAUCGCUUCCUGCUCGCCUGCCAGGUGCUUCAGGAGCAUCGAGACGAGUACCUGACCUCCAUCCCGCAGGAGGUCUGCCUCUCGUUUGUCAAAAUCAUCCAGGAGGUUCUGGGGUCUCCUCCGGACCUGGACCUGCUGCGGCUGGUCUAUAAUUUCCUGUUGGCCGUUCACCCCCCCACCAACACUUACGUGUGCCACACGCCCACCAGCUUCUACUUCUCUCUGCACAUCGAUGGUAAGCUGUACCAGGAGAAGGUUCAGUCUAUGAUGUACCUGCGGCACUCCAGCAGUGGAGGGAAAUCAGCCUGCAGCUCUGUGCUUUCACUCUCUCCCUCCGUCUUCACAGAGACGCCUGCCGAAGUGCGCCACACUUCCUCCCCUGAGCAUGGUGAUGAAGAUCUGUCACUGCGGCCCCCAAGCAUUGGCCCGUCUCCGCACUCUUCUCCGGCUCUGACACCCCGUCUGACCCAUGGGAGUGUGAUGGGGACCACUGAGCCUGAGGGGACAUCCCUGAGUACCCAGCAUGCCCUGGGCAGCAUGGAGACCCUGAAGCGGACCGGAGACGAGCAGCUCCUCAGCAGCUGUGAGUCGGCAAAGACAAUAUGUGACUCUCAGAACGUGGGCGGUGAUGAGGAGAGCAGCGUCACGGGAAACCGAACGCCCUCCAUCAGCGUAGAGGAGGAGCAUGACGGCCCAGCGGGCAGCCCGGUGGACUCUGAGGACCAUUUCAGUUGGACCAGCGAGGAAGCGCCACGCCGACCGGACAGCCUGAAGGGAAUCCAGUCCUUCCAGAGGAGCCACAGUAACCUGGCCAGUCUGGGUUUGGCUUUUCCCGCACAGAACGGCUCUCUGACUAUUGCUCGCUGGCCCACCGUGGCUGACCGUGCCGCUCCACCGGACGACUGGGAAAGUUACACCUACUCACCCGGGUAUGACAGACACAGCAAGGCGGACUCCAGUAAUGACAGAUCCAGUGCUGAAGACUGUCUGGUUCUGAUCUGCUGCGGUCUGUACGAUCUGCUGAGAGGGGUUCUGCUCCUGCUGCCGGACCUCCUGCUGGAGGAGGUGAUGGACAAACUCGUCCAGCCGGAGGCUCUUCUCGUUCUGGUCAACCACUCUUCUCCUCUCAUACAGCAGGGCGUCUUGAAGCUCCUGGACGCCUACUUUAGCCGCACUCAGAAAGAGCAGAAGGAGAAGUUCCUGAAGAAUCAUGGGUUUUCACUGCUGGCCAAUCAGCUGUACCUGCACCAGGGUUCACAGGGUCUGCUGGAGUGUUUCCUGGAAAUGCUGUUCGGACGACCGGUCGGGAUCGAGGAAGAUCUGGAUCUGGAGGAUAUGGAGAGCAUCUCCCCGUUCAGGAAGCGCUGUAUCAUCCCUGUGCUGGGUCUGCUGGAGAACUCUCUGUACGAGAACUCACUCGUGCACAACGGCCUGUGUCUGCUGCUGCAGCUGCUCAACGCCUGCCCGAAGCUGGCUGACAUCCUGCUGGACCACGGCUUGCUCUACGUGCUCUUCAACACGCUGUCCACCCUCAACGGCCUGGAGAACGGGAUUCCUCCGAAUGACUACAAGCUGGUGGUGUGUGACAUUCAGCAGCUGCUGGUGGCCGUCACCAUCCACUCCUGCAGCUCCUCAGGAUCUCAGUACUUCCGCAUCAUUGAAGACCUGAUCACCCUGUUGGGCUACAUGCAGACCAGCAAAGUUCGGCGCACACAGGAAAUGGCCACAGCACUGCAGUUCCGUUUGAUCCAGGCAGCCAUCGAUUUCAUUAAGACCACAGCCAAUCAGGACCCUCAGAAAUCCAGCAGCUACGUUCACGUGCCUACUUCACCGCAUCACGCUCUACAGCAGAAACGCAAGAGUAUCGCAGGUCGGAGGCGGUUCACGGUGGCCCAGUCAGACUCGCUGCUGACGCGAAUGCGCUCGGUGGCCAGCGAUGAGCUUAACCAGAUGAUGCAGCGCAGGAUGAGUCAAGAAAACCCCAUCAGAGCCAGCGAGACUGAGCUGGUCCAGAGACUGCAGAGACUCGUGGUUCUGGCUGUUAACAGACUCAUCUAUCAAGACAUCAGCCAGGAUUUCUUUGACUUCCUGAACUUUCCCGAGUCUCCUGAUCACUCGAUGUCCAUGCCGUUACCUGGCGAGCAGACGACCGAUGAGAACGGCUCCACGCCGUCCACCCCGAUCCCACCGGGCAACAUGAAGAUCUUCUGCAAAGAUAUUCUCAAACUAAUGAUGGAGGGCAUAAAGAUAGCCUUGGGCAGCACCAGUCGUGGUGGUGCUCCUCGCCAGCAGUGGAAGCGAAUCCUCUGGUCCUGUCGCGACACGUUCAGGGUUCAGAUCGGCCGCAUGCUGGUGCACAUGCUCAGCCCCGCAGUUCCUCUGGAGGACAGGAAGGAGGCACUAGAGUUUGUCCACGAGCAGAGCUACUCCGAGAUCCUCAGAGAAAGCCUGAGUCCCGGCCUCGAGCACGGGCCCAAGCUGGCUCUGUAUCUGUACGAGCUGUUACACGAUCACAAAGACGCCCUGAGCAAAGAAGAACAGGCGGCUGCCAACACCUUUAUGACGGCGCUGAAACUCUGCGGCCACCGCUGCAUCCCACCCAGCGCUCCCGCCAAACCAGACCUCCUCAAAGCCAUCAAAGAGGAGCAACUGAAAUACGAGUCAGAGGCAAGAACCAGCAAAGGAGCCUGGGAAAAGAAGCUGGCCAACACGCAGAGGAGCUUGUUGCAGAGGCUGGAUGGGAAGUCGAAGGACAUCUCGAAGAUUGCCGCUGACGUCACCCAGAACGUGUCUCUCAGGCAGGGCAUGGAGCGGAAGAAGGUCAUGCAGCACAUCAGAGGCCUUUACAAGACCGACUUGAGCGCCAGCCGCCACUGGCAGGAGCUCGUGCAGCAGCUCACUCACGACCGGGCGGUGUGGUAUGAUCAGUUAUCUUACCCCACUUCCUGGCAGCUGGAUCCCACCGAGGGGCCCAACCGAGAGCGGAGACGCCUGCAGCGCUGCUACCUGACCAUCCCUAACAAAUAUCUGCUGAAAGACCGACGCAAACUAGACGAUGCCAUCAAGGCUCCUCUGGCCUUCCUGUUUGAGGACAAAACUCACUCCUCUUCAUCCAUAGUGAAAGACAAAGCCACCAGUGAGCCCAUCAGGUUUACGAGAAAGUGUGUAAGUGUGGCGCCCUCUAGAGAGACGGCAGGAGAGCUGUUGCUGGGAAAAUCUGGGAUGUACUUUGUCGAGGAUAAUGUUGCUGAGACACUUGAUAACCAAAGUCCUCAUGGAGAGACGGAACCGGCCUCCUUCUCCUGGACGUAUGAGGAGAUAAAGGAGGUUCACAAGCGCUGGUGGCAGCUCAGAGACAAUGCUAUGGAGAUCUUCCUCACCAACGGCAGGACGCUGCUGCUCGCGUUUGAUACCACCAAGUACCGUGACGACGUCUACCACAACAUCCUGAGCUCAGAGCUGCCCAACCUGCUGGAGUACGGGAACAUCUCUGCCCUCACGCACCUGUGGAGCUCAGGACAGAUAACCAACUUCGAGUACCUCACCCACCUCAACAAGCACGCGGGCCGCUCCUUCAACGACCUCAUGCAGUAUUCCGUCUUCCCCUUCAUCCUGCGAGACUACACCAGUGAGACGCUGGACCUGCAGGACACCUCCAUUUACAGGAACCUCAGCAAACCCAUCGCGGUGCAGUCUAAAGAGAAGGAAGACCGUUAUGUGGACAAUUACAGGUACCUGGAGGAGGAGUAUAAGAAAGGCAAGAGAGAGGACGACCCCAUGCCCCCCGUCCAGCCCUAUCACUACGGCUCUCACUACUCCAACAGCGGCACCGUCCUGCACUUCCUCGUCCGGCUGCCUCCCUUCACCAAGAUGUUUCUGGCCUAUCAAGACCAAAGCUUUGAUAUUCCUGACCGAACGUUCCACUCCAUGAACACCACGUGGCGUCUGUCAUCAUACGAGUCCAUGACGGAUGUCAAAGAGCUCAUCCCAGAGUUCUUCUACCUGCCCGAGUUUCUGGUCAACAGAGAAGGUUUUGACUUUGGCGUGCGGCAGAACAGCGAGCGGGUGAACCACGUGAAUCUGCCGCCGUGGGCCAGGAAUGACCCGCGACUCUUCAUCCUCAUCCACAGACAGGCUCUGGAAUCGGAUCAAGUUUCGCAGACGCUCUGCCAGUGGAUUGACCUGGUGUUUGGACUCAAGCAAAAGGGCAAAGCUGCAGUCCAGGCCAUCAAUGUCUUUCAUCCUGCAACUUAUUUUGGCAUGGAUGUAUCUGCUGUUGAAGACCCUGUGCAGCGUCGGGCUCUAGAAACUAUGAUCAAGACGUACGGCCAAACACCCAGACAGCUGUUUAACGCCUCGCACAUCAGCCGAGCCGGAACCAAACUCCUAUCAGAGGCAGAACUGCCUGCAGCCAUGGGCCUCCUGGUGCAGCUGGCCUUCAGAGAGAGCCGCGAGCAGCCCAAAGAAACCAUCUACCCGAGUCCUCUGCCGUGGAUAAAGGGCUUGAAAUGGGGCGAGUAUGUGGGAUCCCCCAGUGCUCCGGACCCCGUGGUCUGUUUCAGUCAACCUCACGGCGAACACUUCGGCUCCCUGCUGGCGCUGCCCACACGUGCCAUCUGCGGCCUCUCGCGCAAGUUCUGCCUCAUGAUGAUCUACAGCAAAGAGCAAGGUGUAAGGAGCAUGCAUAGCACCGACAUACAGUGGUCGGCUAUUCUGAGCUGGGGUUACACCGACAACAUGCUGCGUCUGAAGAGCAAACAGAGCGAGCCGCCCAUCAACUUCAUCCAGUGCUCACCGCUGCACCAGGUGACUAGUUGUGCCUGGGUGCCGGACAGUUGUCAGCUGUUUACAGGCAGUAAGUGUGGAGUCAUAACCGCCUACAGCAACCGCUUCACCACCACGAUGCCGACAGAGAUGGAGGUGGAGACGCAGCUUCACCUGUACGGUCACACGGCGGAGGUCACGGGCCUGUUCGUCUGUAAACCCUUCAGCAUCCUCAUCAGUGUCAGUCGAGACGGGACCUGCAUCCUGUGGGACCUCAACAGGUUGUGUUACGUACAGAGUCUCACAGGUCAUAAGAGUCCAGUGAACGCAGUGUCAGCCAGUGAGACGACAGGAGACAUCGCCACAGUGUGUGAUUCAGUGGGUGGAGGAAGUGAUCUGAGGCUGUGGACGAUCAACGGAGAUUUGAUUGGUCACGUUCACUGUCGAGAGAUCAUCUGUUCGGUGGCGUUCUCCAAUCAGCCGGAGGGAGUGUCGGUCAACGUGAUCGCUGGCGGCAUUUUCAGGUUGUGGAGCACAUGGGACCUGAAGCCAGUCAGAGAGAUCACCUUCCCAAAAUCCAACAGGCAUAUCAUAAGUCUCACGUUCUCGUGUGACGGUCAUCACCUCUACACGGCUAACAGCGAGGGCACGGUGAUCGCGUGGUGCCGUCGAGACCAGCAGCGCUUGAAGCUGCCCAUGUUUUACUCGUUCCUCAGCAGCUAUGCUGCAGGCUGAUCCUGCGUCACGCCGCUCGUUACCCACACAGGAUGGAAGUUGAGAGCGACCCCGCCGACCCAGGAAGAGGAGGAGCCAGCAUGCACAAAGCCCCGCCCACGAUCAUCACAGAACCCGCCCCUGAAACACCAUAGGAACGGACGCCACUUGUACCAUAAAGAGCAGGGGCUCCUGAGGCAGCGCGAACGCAGGCCUUUCCCCGCAUCAUUUCUCCUCGUCUGUUUUGACUGAUUCAUGUAGUAUUUGUGUUGUUGAUUAUGAAAGCUGCUACAAUCUGGUCUGCCCAGACUGAACGUUUGAAGGCCUUUCCUUCUUUUUGUCCCUCGUCUCGCCCACCCGUCACCAUCCUGAGAAUAUCCUGCUUUCGAAGCUACCGACCGUCUGCGCUCCUGCAGAAACAGCAUUCAUGAUCCACGCGGCAGGUUUUAAACGGACGAUUAAAAACUGGUGCAUGAGUGACAUGCAGCGGCGUAAUGAAUGUGUGCACGCAAUGCCUUCUUAAACAUCAUCCCUCAUCGACAGACCGCUGAAAUAUUUAUUCUCAAACAAGGAUGAAAGCCACAAUCUCAACGUCUGGUUCUUGUUCUUCAUUAUAAAAUGCGCUCGGGACAAUCUUAUGAAUGUCAAAGGUGGUCGUGUGUCACUCGUCAAUCGCCGACUGUGCUAAUAUUUAUCCUGUGCUUUUCUACCUGAACAAACGUCCCAGUUACCACAUCCGAUUUGUAAUAGUUCAUUAAAAACAUGUUCUGCUUGCUUAUUUUCUGUUCUAGUUUUAUAUGUUGCAUGUUAUGAUCACUUGAACAUUAUUUAACAUUGGCGAUACAAUAUAAGGUUUAGUCAGAUCUACCUCUAGGCCCCUCUUACAAAUAAAAGACAAAUAAAAUUAGAAAUACUUCUGGUAACAAUAAAAACAACCUGUUUAUUGUACAAAGACGAUGACACUAUAUCCCUAAAAAAAUACAAUUCCCUGACAGUACAAAGGGUUCGGAUGCUCUUGAAGUCUUAAGUGUUGACAGCCUUAAAUGUGGAGGAAGAAUAAUUGAAUUUGAGUCCACCAUCUAAACAUGAUCCAGAAUGUUAUUUGCCUUUGUUUGUUUCCUAUUCUGUAUUUGCUUUUAGCACGAGUCUUACAUUACAACUAAUUUAAUUAUCUUGUCUUACAUUUUAGUGUUUACCAGAAAGGGAAUGCUUUCACCUUUUUCCCCUUUACUACUUUGUUUUUCAUUAUUAUCAGAAAUAUCUACUGUGUAUCAUUUGAACCCUCAAAUGAAGUUACUCAGUCAGUGUAAACCCAGAAAGAGUCGACUAGUUCGGGAGAAUCAUCUGGUGUUUACAGAGCCCUGUUAUGUGUUGGUUUUUUGUUUUUGAAUCUAUUUUCCAUGCUUGCAUCACAUUUAUCUCUUAAUUAUCGUGCACAGUAUUGUCAUGUUUGCGUUCCCUCAGAAAGAGAUUGAUGUUACUGUCAUCGUGGGAGUUGUUGAAGCGAGAUGAAUGUGUGAAUUUGUUCGACAUAACUAUCACGAAAAGGCUUAUUGUUAUCGUUCUGUUGAAUUAACAGUGGUUUGUGUAAUUUAAGAUCGAUAUGUUCACCGAGGCCUGGCUGGGACAUUUAUUUCCUUUUUUUUUUGUAUUUAUGAAAUGUAAUAAAAUGUCACCUAUAUAUAA